CAAGAAAAAAAAAAGCCAAGCGCAUGCGCAGUGUCAUUCAACGUGACAUUUGUAAACAAAAACUUGAGCUGUCAAAGUGACAACUUCUCUCACGCGCCGUUUAUAUCGACAAAACAUGAGGAAACAUGAUUUAAUUAAAUUACAGCACGUGUUGUUUCCGCUGCUGAUUUUUUAUUUUAUUUGUUAAAAACACAGCAACAACCAAAAAGUCACGCAAGAUGUUCAAUUUCUUUGGACUUCGGAAGGACUCCAAAAAGGGCACAACACCCGAGAGAGAGACUGACGGGUUUGUUAUCGUGGGAGAGACGGCUGACGAGCAGAGAGCGAAACAGCAAUCAAGAUCCACACCACAAUUCACCACCAGUGUCAUUGUACAGCCUUCAAAGCCGUCCAGUUCAGCGGUGAACAAAACCCCGGAAGCCUUCCAGCCCUCUCCGGCACUUACUACCUCAGAAGCGGAGAAGACGGAGGGCGACCCCGGUCACGUUGAUCCUUUCAGAGACAUCCCCUUCACCCUAGCUCCUCACAUCCUCACCGUGCAGUCCAGCCUGUCUCAGCUGUCUCAGGUUCCUGACUUCAACCUUCCCCGAGACAUCAGCGAGCAUCUGGCCAACUUCAGCUACGACUUCACGCUGGAGAAAUCGGUGCAGUCCGCGCUGUCGCCUCCGACCCCUGACCCCCGGUCAGCCCCUCAAACUUCAGAGUUUACACGGCAGGAAUAGCAGAUCACCAAGUGACGUCUAACGAUGCAGAGUAUCUUUUUAGAAGGAAAUAAAAUGUGUUUGAAGCAACACUGUAGUGUAUUUUUUACCACACAUCAUGCUGUAACACGUCUCGUUCUCUGGUUUCGCUUUGCUUUUUUUUGUUUGUUUUUGAUCAGUUCACAUCUUCACCUGAUCUCUUGAAGAUGUCUAGAGAAGCCAUAUAUGAUCAGAACAAGACAUUUAAUCUCUUUAAAAAGUUUUGAUUGAAAAUAUCCUAUUUCUUUUCAUUAUAUAUGAUUUUUGGUUCAUUUCAUUGGUUCACUGUUCAUUUCAUUGUUAGCUUUGAAAUGUUCUGACUCACUGAGCAGAUUCUGUCCCAGCUGAUUGUCCCAAAAGUCUCCCAGAAGUUUCCACACAAUCCAGAGGAGGAACUUCUUUUUUUUUUUUUUGGUGGGGCAAAAUGUCUUCCAAGCUUAUGAAAGGUCAAGAUGGACAUCAACAGGAAACAUGGCCAUCACACACAUCGCACACAUACACAUGACACACACCUCACACACAUCACACACAUACACAUGACACACACCUCACACACAUACACAAACGGCACACAAACCUCACACAGACAACAUACACACACACCUAACAUGCACACAUACACACACACACACAAAACAUACACCUCACACACACAACAUAUACACACACACCUCACACAGACCACAAACACACACCUACUGUAACACACACAUAUACACACGUUCACAAACAACACACACACCUCACAUACAGACAACAUACACACACAACAUGCACACACACACACACAAACCUCAUACACAAAACACAGAUCACACACACCUCAUAAACACACACGACACACACCUCACACACUGCAUACAACGCACAUCUCACACACCAGACACAAUGUUUAUGAAAAAGUGCCAGUCAGAUACAGGAUGUUUUGUUUAUGUCUCCUUAGACAUUUGGGACACGCUGCAGUUUUCAUGACAUUUAUUUAUUUAUUUUUUGUUGAGCUCUUUUCAGUUCUGUAGCUUAUGUAUUUAUACAUUUAACAACAGAACUUUACUGAAACAUCAGCUGCUACUGGGUUUGGUUUGUGGUGUUUAUUUCUCAUUUCUUGUUCUGUUUGUGCCUUUUUGCUUUGCAGGGUUAAAAGAAACUUGACUCGAAAUCCUAGACAUUUAUCAGGUUCAUCUUCCAAAACAUUUGCUCUUUGCUGAUGAUGUUGCAUAAAGAACAAGCUGGUAGAAGCAAAAGUUUUAACUUCAUGGAUUUUGGCUAAAGUAGUAGCACAAAACCGAAGCAAUUGAUGCUAAUGGUCUGAAGAUUAUGUAGCUAAACACGCUAAAUCAUCAUAGCCUUAAACUACCAUUUGGCUCAGUUACAAAGACGUUAUAAAGUUUUAUUUAUAAAAAUUAUGAAAUCAUAGGAGCAACUUCCAAGUGUUUACCUCUUGUUUACUUGUACAAUGCUACAUUGGUAGCUAGGCUUCAUUCUCUUGUUAUCGCUAUUAGCUUCGGCUAAACUGGAGCGAAGACCAGACGCGUCUUCACUCGUCUUUUGCAUUUAGGCUGAGAGGAAAAAUUGUUAGAAUUUUGAUGGGACUUUAAUUCCAUACAAAAAGAUUAAACUUGAAAACUUUGUAACGAAAGAAACUGUGGUUAAAUGUUGAAAUGUGUCACAUGCACAAUUUUCUGUCAUUUAAGCUUAUGUAUUUAGAGAUAAUCAGAGGGUGCCAAUAAUUUUGUGUUGAAAAUGAGCAUCAUUUGAUUAAACAUCUUUUGAUAUUUGG